CGUCCGUACGCGGGCCGAUGGCUCGGCAGCCGUCUGGACCAAUGAGAGCGCCUCACUCCGCGCGGUCGAUGUCUCGACCAAUGGGAGCGCCGUAUCCCAGCCCGCAGAUUAAAACAGAUAUCCAGCAUACCACUUUAUUGCAGUUGGAUAUUUGAAAUCUCCUUUCAUUCAGACCCCAGAAAAGUUAUCAUGUACUGACCAUAAUGAACGGGAGAAUAUUUGUAGAGACAUUAAAGAAAAUUGGUUAUCCUAAUGCCAAUCAAUUAAAUGGGGAACAUUUUGAUUGGUGGUUUGACAUUGGCGAUGAAAGAAUGUUUGUAGAAUGGUUCUGCAAUACUGUAAAUGAACAGAAUGUAUUAACAGAAGAAGAGUUGAGUGGAUUGAAAAGACUGGAAGUUGAAGAUCGUCUUUUGGAUCAGAAAGACUUGGAUCAGGUCUUGGAGACGUGUCCUAAAGAUGUGAAAUCAAAAUAUGGCAGCUUGGCAGAGAUGACCAUUGAGGAACUGGAAAAGGAAGUUGAGGCACUGCAGUUAACUCGAAGUCUUAAAAUUCAGCGACGAAAUAAGCAACAAAUGAUGGCCAGUAGAAUACAUCAUAUGCCAAUGCGGCUAAGGGAUGAGGAGGAAGAAUGUGCCAGGUUGUUGAGAGAAACACAUGAACAACUGACUGUGGAAAAUGCUGAAUUAAAUAGUACACUGUUAAAGAUUCAAGAAGUAGUUCAGGAGCUAAGUUCUACAUAUUCAGACACUGAGUCAGGAAAGAUACCAGAGCAAGAGGUUGUCUUCCUGUCACAACUUGUAUUGGACCAGUAUUUGCUACAAGAAGAACAAUGCACAGCAGCUCUCACUGAAUAUACCAAGAAACAGCUUUUUAAGGGCAUAGCGGAGCUGGUUGAAAGCUCUGAUGUAGAAAAAUUUCAGCUGGUGGACUUAACAUCUCAGCCUAUACAUGGAGAAUGCGAUGAGGUCCUUGAAUAUAAGAAACAAAUGGCUAGAAUCCAAGCAGCAUACAGCAGUAGCCAGCAUCUGUUAAUUCUGGCUAAAGCAAAGGAACAAAGUACGGAGGCUAGACUUCAAUACAUGGAACAGAUAAUCUCGUCAAUACAAAACAGAAAGCUGAUCGAUGAUGCAAAUGGUGCAAAAGCCAAGAAGAAUAGUUUGUCCAAAGAACUGACUGCGAUAAAUAUCCAAAUUGAACAGCUAAUUAACAACGAGCUUCCUGAUCUGAUUGUUGAGAAUGCACAACUCUUAAAUAUGCCUGUUGUGAAAGGUAAUUUUGAUCUACAGAUGUCCCGCCAAGACUACUAUACCUCCAAGCAGGACCAGGUUGCUAGUCAGCUGAUCAAGCAGAAAGCUCGAUUUGAACUACUUCAGCUAGCAUACGAGAUGGAACUGUGUAAACAUCGAGAGACCCAUCGGCAUCUUGAGAACCUGACCACGGAGCUCAAUCAAACUAGAGGAGAAUUUGUGCAGCGUUUGGAUAUGCUGUCUGAUAAGUCUCUAUUGUCAAGUAAUAAACAGCGGACCAUAAUUGAUUCAAGUGAUACCUCUACCGUCAGACUCUCUGAGAUGUUUGUGGGAGACAACAAGCAGCAGCUGUUCAAAACUUACAGUGGUCUGGAAGAGGAAGCCAAAAAUCUCCAGCAGGAACUUGCUUAUUUAAAGGACCAGUGAGAGCAUCAAUGUGCCAGCAGUCUUACCUGCAGUCAGCACUAGAAUCUGACAUUGAGAAACUUCAGAGUGUUAUGUAUACUGGAUCCAAGCAGCUUUUACUUCAUUGUGAGGAACUGUCAGAACCUCUUCAAAGAUUGGAAAAUCAAUUGCAGAGACUACCCCAGAUCAUCGGAAAUAUAGCUGAUGAUAUCAAGUCAAAACGUCAAAUGUUGGCAAGCAGCUUCAGCUGUAGAGGCGAGAGAAUUCUGUAUGUCC